AACAAGAUGGCGGCAAAUUUUGGGAAUUGGCAAGAAGCAUUAGAUAAUUUAGUGAAAGAGACUGUCGUGUCAGAAAAUUGGAAGGAAUUUGAACUUUUGAAGAAUGACAACAGCAGGAUACAAUAUAUUCUGUCAAAUAAAUCAUUAAUGAGUAUUGAGUGGUUAAAAGUAUAUCUGGAUAACAGUAAAUUAUUUCAUCAGAAAUGUUCUCACAAGGCACUUGAAAAUAAAAACAAAGGGAACCAGUAUUUCAAGAAAAAAGACUAUAAAACAGCAAUACAGUAUUAUACACAGAGUAUCAUCCAUGCCCCUGUAGAAGAAGGUCAUGACUUAGCUUUAGCUUAUGGAAACAGAUCAGCAGCUUUGUAUCAUCUUCAGUAUUUUCAGGAAUGUUUAAGUGAUAUACAAUUUGCUAUGGAUGCUGGUUUUCCUGAAGAAACCAUCUAUAAAUUAUACCAACGAAGAUCCCAGUGUUAUUAUGGUUUGAAGAAAUUCGACAUGGCCGAGUCAGAAUUGUUGAAAGCAAGAGAAUAUUUAGACAAUCAGAAGACUUUAAUAGUUGAUAAAAAGUAUGGUAAUUUAUUAAAAGAAAUGAAAGAACUAGAAUUAAAUAUAGUUGAACAAAAGAAAGUAAAGAUAGAAACACCAGUAGAUAUUAAAUGUAUAAAUGUAGCAUGUGUGAGUUAUGGUAAUAGUGAUGUUAUAACACAGGCUUCUCGUGCUCUUAAUAUUAAAUAUAACACAGAACAAGGCCGUUAUUUAGUGGCUAAUGAUGAUAUAAAAGCUGGUGAUACUCUGAUAGUAGAGACACCGUAUUCAUCAGUUUUACUACCAGAUCAUUACACAACACAUUGUCAUCAUUGUUAUAAACAAUUAACUCUAACAGUUAUUGGGUUGGUAUAGCUCAUCUUAGUUUAAGAACAAUAUUGACAGCAGGAUUACAGUUUUUAAAUGGAUUUAUAAAAGAUAAUAAGGAUAUAUGUGCCAAUGAUAUACCAGGAUUAAAUGAAGAGAAACAAUAUGGAAGAGAUUAUUCAACAGUUUAUAAUCUAUUAACACAUUCUGAAGAUAUGACAUCAUUAGAUUUAUACCAGUAUUCAUUAACAGCCACCCUCUUACUUGUAAUUCUCGUCCAUUCUAACUGGUUCCACAACGCUAAAGACACGAAAAUAAUGUCUAAACAUCACAGUCACGAUUCAGCUACCCAUUCAAGUGAAAACAAAGCUGAUGUGAACGUUGACAAGCUUCCGUCAAAGAGUAAAGAUGACUCCCUAGAUUUAAGUGAAAGUGCCUCAAAUAUUGAUGACAAAAAGGCCCUUGACUUCACUUGUGGCACUGUUGCUAGAAGUAAAAUGGAUUCAUCUUCAAAAAAACAUAAACCAAGUGAACUAAAGACGUCUGCCAAAUAUGUAGACGCACUAGGUUCAGAGGACUCCGAGAGUGAAGGAAUAUGUAAUAAUAUUUUAGGAAACAAUCACGAAGAUGAUAUUUCUUCCGUCAAAACCCGAGUAUCUUUGUCCGAGAUUGGCAUUGAUACAGACAUGUUAAAUAUAGGUGGUUUGUUGUUACGUCAUAUUCAACAAUUAGUAUGUAACGCACACGCCAUUACAGAACUCCAGGCCUCAUUUGAUUCGCUGUCAUCUUCUACACUUGUGGAUGAGAUGAGUCAAGUACGAGUUGCCACGGCGAUAUACCCAACAGCUAGUUUGAUGAACCAUUCAUGUGAUCCUACUAUAAUAUCAAGUUUUCAAGGAGACUUGUUAGUUGUGAGAGCUGUGAAAAAUGUUGAAAAAGGAGAGGAAAUAUUUAAUUGUUAUGGUCCCCACUUUAGACGUAUGAUAAGAUCUAGAAGACAAGAAGUAUUAAAAACUCAGUAUUUUUUUACUUGUUCAUGUAAACCUUGUACAGACGGUAAAAAGGAUGAUGUACAAUUUGAUGCUAUGGUAUGUGGUAAAUGUAAAGGUUGUAUUGAUACCCAGGUAGAUGUACCAUGUUGUAUUGACUGUGGAGAGAAAGAAAGUAUCCAUGAUAGAAAGAUGAGGGAAGAAAUAAACACUCUUUAUCAACUAGCUAUGACAUCAAUUGAUCAUUCAGAUUUAAAAGGUGCUAUGGAAAGUUUAAAGCCAUGUUUAGAGUUGUGUUAUAAAUAUUUACAUAAAAAUAAUCGAUUAAGAGCAUCAGUAGAAGAUAGUUUAGCCAGGUGUUAUGCAAUGUCAGGGGAUUAUAAAAUGGCAUUAAAACAUUUAGAAAAUAGUAUCAAAGUAACAGAGUUAUUAUAUGGUAAUGAAAGUAUCGAAUUAGCUUAUGAACUACAAAAAAUGGCAGAUAUCCUUUUUAAUGUCAAGAAACCAGAAAAAUGUCUACAAAUUGUUAACAGAGCUCAGAAAAUAUUUCUUAUUCAUUUUGGUGAAAAUCAUGAAACUGUUAAAGAAUUGAAUGAAAUGAAAGUAUGUUUGUUGGAGUUUGUUAAUAAUUCUAAACAUUGAAUGUGUUUAUUGUUAAUUCUAAACAUUGAAUGUGUUUAUUGUUAAUUCUAAACAUUGAAUGUGUUUAUUGUCAAUUCUAAACAUUGAAUGUGUUUAUUGUUAAUUCUAAACAUUGAAUGUGUUUAUUGUUAAUGCUAAACAAAACCUUGAAUGUGUUUAUUUUUUUUUUUAUAUUUUAAAAUAAAUUGUUGUUUUAUAGUUAUAUUAAAAGAACUGAUAAAUUUCAGUUGCAUGUCAGAGGCUUCAUUAAGGCCGCUGUCGGAUUGGAGUGGCAUCGUUACUGUGCUGGUGUGACCGCAUGGCGACCAGAAAAUGCAUAAGGUUGACGGUAACUGUGAACACAACACAAGAAAAUGUCAAAAAAAAUUACAAACUUGAAAAAAGUCGCAUUCUCACAGCUUUCCAAGUCAAAUCACAGAACCUUGGCAUUUGUUUUGAACAUGCUCAAAACAAACGUCAGCGACCGUGGAGACCACAGCACGAUAUCUGGCGUUUCCACCACACUUUUACCACGCUUAUGACGAUCUUGACAUGCACUGGGACCAUUUUCUGUCACCGUACCAGCGCAGGAAGGAUGCCACCCUGGUCUGACGGGCGUAUAAAGAUGCAUUAUAUAAGAUUUCAAUAAAGAGUUGGACGUUCUUGCUAUAAUAGUUCAAAAGUAGACAAUGAAAAUGAAGAUGCAAUAGGCAGAUUUAGUUCUUACCUAAUGCAUCUUUAAAAUAAAUUGUCAUGUUUUGUAUUUAUAUUAAAAGACAAAAUAAAUGAAGUGAUAGUCAGUGAA